AUGUUCGAAAAAGCUAGAAAAAUCUUUAAAAACCAUGGGCUGGCCUUGCUUUACUGUGGAGUCUCAUCCAUUGGCGCACUUGUGUAUGGCUACGACAACACUUAUUACAAUGGCGUACUUGCCAUGCAGCAAUUCAAAAAUGAUUACGGGACUGAGAUAGACGCCAAUGGCGAUCGGGCUCUCUCCUCGAGUUUCCAGUCUGUGACUGCAUCUUCCAUCUACAUCGGCGAUUUAUUAGGAGCGAUGCUGGCUGCUCCAGUUAACGAUCGAUGGGGCCGGAAAGCAACCUUCUGGCUUGCUUCCGUUUGUAUCCUGUGCGGAGGGAUUGCCCAAGUGGCAGAUACUCAUUUUGAAGCUGUUAUUAUUGUCGGACGCAUUCUGAUGGGGCUUGGCGUCGGCCAGUUUACCGUUACCUCGCUUCUGUAUAUCGGCGAAGUUGCACCCACCGAAAUCCGAGGCCCGGCCCUUAGUUCUUAUCAAUUCCUACAAUCUUGCUCGCAGCUCGUGGCUUCCGGUCUCAGCCAAGGAACGGAAAGCAUUAGUAGCUCCCUAGCGUACAAGCUACCGAUGGGAGGCCUAAUUGUGCUUCCUCUGUUUAUGUUCGCGGCUCUUCCCAUUAUCCCUGAAAGUCCCCUCUGGUAUGCAGCAAAGGGAAGGCUCUCUGAAGCCGAAUCAGUCCUGCGCCGGCUGAAUCGCAGCAAUCCCACUUAUGACCCGACCACCGAUCUAGCAACCUUGGAAAGUCUCCAGCACGCCAAUGAAGAGAACGAGAAAGAAUCCAACUGGGGCGCCUUGCUCUUCGACCCGAUCGAGCGAACCAAGGUCAUCUGGUCCGCGGGAGCGAUGUACUCGCAACAGAUUUGUGGGAUCCUCUUCUUCUACGUCUACGGUGUAGUCUUUGUUCAAGCCAUCGGAAUCGACGAGCCGUUUCUCGUGCAACUGAUUCAGAACAUCCUCCAGAUAUGCGCGGUCACCGUAUCCAUGGCCACAGCUAAUCAUGUCCCCCGAAGAAUAAAUCUGCUUGUUACCACCAGCAUCAUGUUUCUCGCGUUUGUUGUUAUCGGAGGUAUCGGCGUUCAGGACCCCCUGAGUACCGCCGCACAAUGGGUCAUCGUGAUCCUUUCAUUUGUCAUCGUGUGCGUGAUCAACUACGGGCUCUCAACCGUCGCGUACACCGUGGCCCGCGAGAUGGCCGUCGGUCCGAACCAAAAUAAGAUCAUGUCUGUCUCCAUUAUGACAUUUUACUUCACGGCGUGGGUUAUCUCUUUUACGGCACCGUAUCUCUACUAUAAUGCCGGGCUGGGUCCAAUGGUCGGGUUUGUCUACGCCGGAACCACGCUUACGUCUCUGAUUUGGAUCUGGAUCUGCGUUGCGGAGACUACAGGCCGCUCGAAUUGGGAGAUUGCACGGUUAUUUGAGAUGCGCGUGCCAGCUAGGAAGUGGGCUGCAUUUCCCAUCGGCAAUAUGGGGGAUCUUGAUUCUGGUCCUUCGAAGGAGGACCCCAGAGAUGUCUCUCAUUUGGAAAGCGUUCCAUAA